GGGGCCGGCAGGGCGGGGAGUUCAAGGGCAGCAGCAGCAGCAGACGGGCGUGGAGACACGCUCACGGGGCCUACGACAGCUGCUGCUGCAGCAACCAGCGCCACCAGAUGCUUCAACCAAGCAACCUAGCCAGCAGCAGCAGCAGCAACAGCUGGAAGAGCAGGGACUACGGCCCGAAGCAGGGCAACUGCGGCAGGGCAGUGCUGGCAGCGGCGGCGGCGACGGCGGCGGGUCCAAGCCCCUGCCGCACAUGGUCCGCUGCCGCUGGGACGAGCAUGUGCAGCUGCCGUACCUUGAAGAAGUGCCGCCGGCCCCCGGGGACCCCUCCUGGCAGGAGCGAGCCGCCAAGGUAGCGGAGAACCACGGGUACAUGAUCGCCGUACAGUUUGACGAGCCGCGUGCCGCUGCCGUACCAGAGCCCUUGGCGGCACCUGCGGCGGCGCCGGCGGGUGCUGCUUCCGCCAGGGCUCCGCCGCCGUCGGUCCCUGGGCAGUCAGCGGGUGCUCGCUUCAGGGGCGCGACAGUCGCGGCGGCGACGGCGGCGGCGGCGGCGGCGGACACGGGUGUGCGUGUGGACCGGCGGAGCUUCUUCGACAUGAUGUCAGCUCGGCGACCCGGGGCGGCACCGGCGGCGGGGGCGCCAGGAGGUGCGGUUGUGGUGCCGGCUGCUGCUGCCGCUGUCAUGUCGGUGGCGGGCACGGGUGGGAGCAAGCGGACGCAUGCUGGCCAGGCUAUGGCUCCUUUGCAGGUGUUUGAAGAUAGAGGCAGCAAACGUCAGAAGGUGGAGACGGCACAACAACCCUCGGCAACAGCAGCAGUGAGAAGACCGGCAACCACAACAGUGGCAGCUGUACCUGCGGCGGAGGCCCCCGUGGUUCUGUCCUACAAGACACGGCACGGACUUGUACUGGGGCUCGGGGGCGCCGCCGGGGGUGGUGGCUCCGCUUCAUUAGUUCCGCCCCUGCCAGCGCAACAGCACCCCGCUGCUGCUGCUGGGCCGGAUGACUCUUCCGUGCCUCCGGCGGCGGCACCAGCGGCAGCGGCACCAGCGGCAACUGGCGAGCCCAUUGUAGCAUCCGACGGCGCAACACCAGCCGCUGCUCCGGAGGCGGCGACGGGAGCAGCGGCAGGUGGAGGUCCUACUGCUGCUGCUGCUGCCGCCGCGGAGGGCUCAGCGCAAGCGCCGGCGGCAGCGGCAGUUCGUACGACACCAGCACUCGUUGGUACGGCAGCUGCUGGCGCCCAGACUGGUACUGGUACUGCUGGUACGGCAGCUGGUGCUGAUCCUGCCGUACCACCCAGGAGGAUACCCAGCGGUGUCGUACAGCUGGGGACGACCGCAACGGCCUUUGCCAGGCCUAGGGCCGCCCCGGCCUUCCUUCGUGUUCCUGCAGCCGCACCCACACCCACACCCGCACCCCAACCGCCCCAACAGCAGCAGCAGCAGCCGCUGCAUCGCGUCGCCGCCUCCGCCGCAGACAGCGCUGCAGCCGGCGGGGGAGACCCCAUGCUGGCUAUCAUCAUGGGUAACGGCGGUAAGGCCGGCCGCGGCGGUGGUAGCAGCCGCGGUGGUGCCGCUGCAGUCCCGAGGGGGGCUGGCGGCGGCGGCGGCAGCGCGGCGGCCGGUACGACAUCAGCUGCAGGGGGCGGCGGCGGCAGCAGCUCUCUGGCAGCGUCCCUGGAGUUGUUGUUGGGCGGUGUGGGCGCCGGGGAUGCAGGUUUGGG